AUGGCAAUACAACUUGUGCAAGGCUUCAAAAUCAAACGCCAAAAGAAGUAUAGAACGUUGCCUGAUGGUUGUGGUAAGCAAAGAGAUAAAUAUUUGAUCAUCAAGCUCCCCGAUUUUAGGGUUUUGAAGCUUGUGGCUCGAUUCGCGUUUUUGUUAUGGCUCAUUUGUUCAUUCCCGUGGAUAGGAUCCAUUUUAGGAAGAUCCUUAAAUUGUGACUUAGCCGUUUUACUUGGUCCCCGACUUGGCUUUGAUUCCCUUAACUUUGAACUAUUGUCAUUGCUCUUCCAUGAUUUGAAGAAUGAAGGCAUUUUGAAACUUGGAGAUAAAGCACUCCUUUUAAGCAAUGGUGAUGAAGAUGCUAUUUACAAUUCUCAAAUCGUAAUGGAAAAUCAGAUGGAUGCCAUUUCUGCCAAAGAUAUUGAGCGACAAAACGCAAUUCCUAAUGAAUCAUUUGACUUUGUCUUCACAAAUAACUUCCAUGCAACCGCAGAAUUCAUUGACCGAACCCUCACAGUAGGAGGUGUUGCUGCUAUUCAAAUGACUCAAAAUCCAUCCCUUGCAUUUGAAAAGCCAUUGAACUACAGAAUCGUUUAUAUAAGACGAUUUGAUUCGAACAUUAUAGCAAUAAGAAAAUUAGACAAUAUAAUUGAAACAAACUCUGCCACAUGAAGACGGCUUUUGUCCACAUUAGAUGAAAAGAAAGCUGCAUUGAGGAAUCUAGAAGAUGUCCUCCUGGAACCACCACGAGCAGCCUCAAGAAGAUCGAGAAGAUAUCUGAAGAGAACAAGAUACCUGCCUGAUUUAACGGGGGACACGCUUGAGAGCUACUCUCGGCGUGUGUUUAUUGAUGUAGUUUUGCCUUGGCAAGAUAAAAAGGCAAUAGGCACAGAAUGGUUUUUGAAGAAUUACCCGACAAGGAAUCUUCAUUUUGAGAUGUACAAGAUUGAGACAGUGACUGAGGAGUGGUCAGGGAAGGAGGUGGUUCAAGUAACAGAGGAGGCGGGAAUGUCGAGCUGGUUGAGAAAGAAUGUGAAGGAGGAAGAGUAUGUGGUGAUGAAGGCAGAGGCAGAAGUGGUGGAGGAGAUGGUGAAGAGCAAGGCUAUUAGGCUUGUAGAUGAACUUUUCUUGGAGUGCAGGCCGAAUAAUAAAGCGGGUGGCAACAAACAAAAUGGGAGAAGUAGGGCUUAUUGGGAGUGUUUGGCUUUGUAUGGGAGGCUCAGGGACGAGGGUGUUGCGGUGCAUCAAUGGUGGGGUUGA